AUGGAUAAACCCUCAAGUCGAACUAGUUCAAUGGAAAUGAAAAUAUUGACUGAAGUGUACGAAAAAUUUCAUCCUCAAGAAUUAUAUUUUUUACUUGAAUUAAAUGAAAAAUGGUCCAAAUAUGAUCCAAAUCGAAUUCAAAACAUGACCACUAUCUUAAGACAAACUUUUUCAUCUCAACAUAAGGAAUCAGAUACAGAACAAAUUAUAACAUAUUUUAAUUCAGAAAAUUGUAUUCGUCUGUUUCCUCCAGUAACUGCCAACAUGGUUCUUAUACAAAGAGAUCAAACAGUUCAUCUAAAUCCAUAUCAAUCAACAUGUCCAAUUUGUUCAUCUAUACUUUUAGCUGAAAUGGCAGAUGUAUUAUCUGUUGAUAUUUAUAAUUUAAAGGCUGAUCAAACUUUUUUUCGUCGAGCAACUGAAAAUGCUACUGCACGAUAUGGUUCAAUAUUACGUAAAGAAGACAAUCUUAUUAUUACUACUGAAAUAUGUAAAAGAGCACAAAGUGUAACAGUGCAAAAUCUAGCACAAUAUAUUAGUUUGAUGAAAAUAUUACCUGAAGAUAAAAAAAACUGGAUUGGUACAUCUGGAAGAUUUAUGAAACCAGUUAUGAUAAAUAAUACAAGAUAUGAGAACUGUGAAUCAGCUGAAUCACUUGAUACAUUUCCAAGAUCUAUUAAUAUAUCACGUCAAACAACGUUACCAUUAACCCGAAAACAGGAAAACAUGAUUAAAAACAGCAAUAGAUAUAAAACUUGGAUUUUAUUGCACAAUUCUUUGAUUUUUAUUAAAAGUAAUCUUUAUACUAAUAGCUUUCUAAAGAAAGCUAGUUCAAUAUUAGAAGCAAAUUUUCUUAUACCAUUGGUUAAUGAUGGAUACUUAUUAUCUGUACCAAAUGGUCUUAUUUGCACAAAAAGCAAAUCAACAGUUUAUGUGAAAAUAAUACCUUCUGAUGAUGAUGAUACAAGAGAAAAGUUUUGUGAAUUAUUGAGUAAAAUACAUAAUGAACGACUAAAUUACAACACGUAUAUGGAAUCUUGUAAAAGUAUUUCGCUUAACACGGUGGGUGUGGUGAGUCAAGAUGUUAUGAAAAUACUUCAACAAGAACGCUAUCAACGUUUAAAUAUUGAUUUUACAUAUCUUUUACGACGAAAUCAUAAUGAAAAUCAAAUUAGGCUUAGUGAUGUUCCUUCGUCCAUAUUAACAGAAGAUAAUCAAUCUACAUACAGUGAAAAUGUCUUCACAAUGGAUGAUGACAAUUAUUCAACAAUUAAUAUAAUGUAUAAAACCAAUUUACAGCGUCAUACAACUAAUAACAACUAUCCACUUGAUAUGAUUUUGAAUAAUGAUGAAAGUAUGUCCAACAAUCAACUAGUGGUAACACAUGAAGAAAUAAUUGAAGAUCAAUUUGAAUUGUCCUGUGUCGAACAUGAUCUCAUGACCACGGAAUCUUCUACCAAUGAACAAGACAAUAUUGUUUGCGAACAAAUAUUUCACGAAAAUUCAUUUAAAGAUAAAACAAAUGCUGAACAUGAGACAAUCAAUAACAAUCAUCCACCUGAUAUAUAUUUGAGCAAUGAUAAUAAUAAUGAAAGUAUGUUCAAUGUUGAUCAACUAAUGAUAAUACAAGAAGAAAUAAUUGAAGAUCAAUUUCAUAUAUCUCGUAUUGUACAAGAUCUCAUGACCACAAAAUCUUCUACCAAUGAAGAAGAUAAUAUUGUUUGUGAACAAACACAUCACGAAAAUUCAAUUGAAGAUGAAUACACUGUUCAAACUAUCGCUGAUAGAAUUAAGAAUCGUAAACGCAAACGUACCAAUGCAUCUUUUUAA